AUGGAGGCGGAGCGCAUUAUGGCGCAGCUGCAGAGCGAGAACGAGCGACAGGACGCCGUCCCAGAUGACGGCAGCCCCAAGUACAUGCCCUCCACGGAAGACACUGACCCGAUCGUGCGGGCCCUCAAGACGGUCCUCAAGUGCAAGGAGGUCACAGACUGGGAGCUGCUAGACAGUCGAUGGAACGGCAACGAGGCCUUGAGGUGGACCACCGACAGGGGGCCGUUCUUUGUUAAGAUGAACCGGGUGGAAGACAUGAGCGUCUUCAUGACAGAGGCCGUGAGCUUGAGCGCUUUGGCGAAGGCAGAUGUGAUGCAGGUGCCCAAGCCGCUGCACCUGGGGGUGCUACCAAAGGUCGGGGAAAUCGGGCCUGGCGCCUUCAUGAUCCUCGAGCAUCUGGCGCUCGUUCCCUUCGGCCCCAUGCGCCCCGGAAACCAGGCCGCCCUGGGGAACAGCUUGGCGGACCUGCACCUGAGCAAGGAGCACGACGCAUUGCACCAGGGGAGGUUCGGGUUCCCGGUGUCCAAUUUCCUGGCGCUGACGCCCCUGAACAACGCGUGGUGCGACACAUGGACGGAGUUCUUCAAGAGGCGCAUGUCGGACCAGAUCGAAGGCUUGCUCAAGGACAAGGCGUACGGCCGAGCCGCGCUGGUAGAGGGGGAGCCCGACACGGCUGACGUGUUGAAGCGAUUCAGAGCGGUGGAGGGGAGGGUGGGCGACAUUCUGGAGGGAGCCACCGUGACGCCUUCACUUCUACACGGGGACCUGUGGAUAGGGAACACGGGGGCUACCAUCGAGGGGCCGUGUAUGUUCGACCCGGCGAGUUUCUUCGGCCACUCCGAGUUCGAGCUGGCCAUCAUGGAAAUGUUUGGGGGGUUCCAGGAGCCGUUUUGGACUGCGUACCACGACAAGAUCCCGAAGGCGGAGGGCUUCGAGCGAAGACAGAAGCUGUACAAGCUGUACCACUACCUGAACCAGCUGAAUCUCUUCGGCGACCCGAAGGUCCGGGAGACGGUGGAGACGCUCACCAAUGAGAUGUUGUCGGAUCUGGAUGGAUAGACCGCUGUCAUCGAUUUUUCAAAAGACAGGACCGUGUCCCCCCUUCCUUGCUCGUGCGUAAAGGCCAAUAGUGACGUGUCUAGCAGCGUCUACAGCGUAAGGACAGAUGCGUACACAUGUGUGUACCGGUCUAUAGUUUAUGUUUUGGAAUCGAUGCUUGGAUCGUGUUCGAAAGUUGGAGGACAUUCUGGUGUGCGAAUCUGCCCUGGAAUUCCUCUGCGUAGCGACAAGUGUCAAGAGAGACAGAGAGAGAUCUGGAGGUUCUUUGGGAUGUAGGUAGGUAUGCACAAGUUUUUAGGACUUAGCUCCUACCAUCCAAAACAAGCUGCAGCCUGUGUAGAAGAAGUUAUUCGGAAGAAAUCCCCGAGAUACUUUUUGGAGUCUCCCGAAGGUUAAGGUUCUUGCUGUAAACGGUGGCGUCGGCGGAGCAGGACUGCAUAGAUGUGGUGCAAACAGCAGUGGUGGCACAAACUGUAGUCGAUCAAAUAGCGUAGACUUAGAAGGGGUGAUUAACACGGUUAGACAGCUAGGGGGUUAGAGAGUCGUCAUUUCUGUCGACCAAAAAAAAAAUCGAAGUUCAGCGACGGAGGGCAGCAGCUACUUCCGACUUCAUGUUGCCCCAUGGUAAAUCGAGGCACCCUCUAGGCUGCGGUAUGACUUCAUGUGCUCCACGAUGAAUCGAAGCACCCUGUGGGCUGCGGUAUAGCUCCCGACCAUGUUGGACUGCCGCCGUUUUUU